GACACGAAGGAGGAUCUAUAUAUUCUAUUAUAUAAAACACAUCACUGUCUUAGUGUCUUUAAAAGUUUAAACAUAAUAUUAUAAUCGUGACGUUAUAACACAAAACGAUUUCCUUAUUAAUUUAUGAUGUUCCCUGAAGCUGGUUGUUUUUGAACAUUUCAUAGAAAAUUUAGACGGUAAAUUUUAAACAACGGCAAUGUCAUACAUAAUAAUUGUACAGGAUAUAAAAUGUGAACCGUGAACUUGAAAUAUAAUCUUGUUUUGAUGAGAGCAAAAGUUACAAGCCCCUACCAAUAAAACGCGUGUAAAGGCUAUCGUGUUUUCUGGACUCGUUUUGUCUCUAUGCCAUUUCCGUUUGUCUCUAUGCGUUUAUGCACGACGCAAACCAGUCGUAGCGUCCAUCCAAACCAGUCGUGACAGCCACACAAACCUGUCUUGCAAAUCUCAACGUAAUAUAUCACAAAUAUCAAAUAAUACGGCUAAACGGCAGAUCAUAGCUCAGUGUUACACGCUAGCUUUGUAAAUUAAACGUAUUAAUAAGAGGCGCGUGGGAUAAGCAAAUAUCAUGCAUUUCCGCGUCUCAUCAUUUUCGUCGGUGGCCAGCAUAAUAAUAGUAUUGGUUCUGCAUCUGUCGUGUUUCACGAAAAAUAUUUCGGCAUCGGAAUUCUCACUCCCCGCAGAGGAAACCAGUAACUCCGAUUUAUCUGAAAUAGUUCCGCCAGAUGAUAGCAUAUUCACCACGGUGCCAUCGGCACUUGGCCAAGACGAAGCGAACGAAACCAAUUCACUACCAGCUGUUCCAUUAAACCUGGAAGGAGAGCCGAUGGUUAAAAAACUCUCCACAGCAGAGUUUUUGGUUGAGGUGAAUGGUGAACUGACUAUCGAAAAAUUACCUCCUCAAGCAGAUAAUCCGUUAGACCUAAUUAAUUCCUACAAACAAUCCCAAACAGAAGUUACGUAUGAUGUAAACGAUCCAACGAACACCGAAAUACCAGUUUCGGAGGUUUCAUACGACGUGAAAAGUGAGACAACCACAAAAACUACACAGCCAGCAGAGUCUUCGACCAAAGGUAACAAAGUGGCUGAAAACCCGUGGAUACAGAGGAUACGAAUUUCCAAAUCCAGAAGUCUUGAACUUUCCCGACAGAUGGACACCACCAAAAUGUCUUCUGUAAAGCCACUUUUGUUGGGCCAGAUUAUCUCAAACGUCCUAUAUGGUGACCCUUGGUUGGCUCCGCAAACAAACUUAAAAUGUGCCAAUGACAUGAGGCUAUACAACAUACACGUGCAAAACUUGACAAUGUGGGCAUUUAGAAUGUUAGAUGCCACAUCAAAAGGUCCUGAAGGACUUGUAGACGCAAACACAUUCAGUUUCGGAAAUUUCGAUCAAUGUAUUGAAACAAAAUCUAAAAACUUCGGUAUAUCUGGUGGAUACACAUUAGUAGACAUUGAUUUUCGACCAAGUGUUCAAGUAUAUCCAGGAUUUUAUGACAACGAUCACUCGAAAGAUUACGAACCAUUUGACCAAGACGCGUCGACAUGGGAAAUACUGAAGCACAACGUACAAGAGGCUUAUGUACAAAGGCACAAGUUUCAAUGGGGUGUGUGUUUACCAGAUACUUGUCAAUCGGAAGACGUUCAAAAGAUCGUGAGCAACGUAUUAAUACCAGAGAUGAACCGUCAUGGAUUGGAAGGUGAUGUGACCAUCGACCCAUUGUUGCACACUUCCAAAGAAAAUGUAUAUAAAUUCACUGCGGGUUUCUUCUUUGUCUGUUCAAUGUACGUGAUGGUCGGACUACUUGUCUUAGUAGGCACCUUAUAUGAUUUAAUUUAUUUACAAUACCGACCAAAAUCUGAACACGGACCAAUGAAAAAAAUCAUGAAACCUUUUUCACUUAUCUCAAACUUUGAAAGACUUCUAAAACCGUCGGAGACCGAAGAGUUUUCAAUUAUUAACGGACUUAAAGUAUGUGCAAUUCUACAAGUCAUUAUCGGCCAUAGAUGGUUUAUUGAGCUUGGAAACCCACAGUCAAAUCCCAAUUUCACUCAUUGGAUGAUUCACAAUUUCUGGUUGGGCUACUUUAAAUGCACCAUAUUUUUGGAAACAUUCUUUGUAAUAAGUGGAUUCCUCACUUUCUAUCUAAUUACAAAACAGCUUACAGAAAAAAAACAUUUGAACUUUAUACCCAUAAUGAUUUAUAGAUGGUUGAGAAUAUUCCCAGUGUACGGAACACUUAUAGUCACAUAUAUUUUCGUACUUCCGUAUCUGAAUAGUGGUCCUUAUUGGAGGAUGAUCGUGUAUAAGGAAUCGGAAAGGUGUCAAAACAACUGGUGGACAAACGUACUUUUUAUUAACAACUACGUUCACACUGAUGAGUUGUGUAUCAUCCCGUCAUGGUAUUUAGCUUGCGAUAUGCACUUCUUCAUAGUUGGUACACUACUCACCUAUGCAAUUUGGAAGUGGAGGAAACAAGGGCUCGUGAUACUUGGGGCGUGUUUGACUUUGUCAACAGUAAUUCCUGCUUAUAUAAUAAUGAAUGAGAAGCAUCGAGGAACGGCUGAUAUUACUCCACAAAAUCUUAAAGAUCUCAGCAAAGAAAGAUUUUACACUGAAGUGUAUAUAAAAAGCCACAUGAGGUCAAUGACUUACUUUGUUGGAAUCUUAGCAGGAUACAUGUACACGAGGAUGAAGGAAGCUGACUACAAGUUGGCAUUGAAAAGUCGUAUUUUCUGGGCUCCAGUUGUCCUUAUGAUUGGCAAUAUUAUAUACUUGAGUUCUGGAACAUUCUUUACACUAGGACACCGAUAUGUAAAUUACGAGCACGCAAUAUACUUUACAGUCGGCCGACUCGUGUGGUCUAUUCUUAUCUCAUACGGGAUAAUAGGUCACGGACUCUCCGGAUUUGGGGUUUGCAUCAGUGGCUUUUUAGGUCAUAGAGUUUUCCACGUUCUUGGAAAAUUAGUUUUUUGCAUUUACAUGUACCAAGAAAUCAUUCAACUCCAAACGAUUGGAUCCAUCGAGAAACCAACAUACCAAAACUUAACAUUAAUGUUUUGGAGAUUUUGUGCUGACAGCACGGUGGCCAUCAUGUACGCAUUUGUUAUUAAUGUAAUGAUCGAAUCGCCGUUUGAUAGAGUUCAGAAAAAUGUUAUGAAAAUAUUUGUUGGAGAUGCGUUUUCAAAGCCGAAAGCACAACUACCAAUUGAAAAAACUAAAAACAUAUCAGAAAACGGUGUGGCACAAGCAUAGCUUUGAUGUAUUUAUUAUCUAAUAUUGGUAAUUUAUUCCUCAGAUGAAAACAUGUUUCAUAUAUUUUGUAUAUUUUAUUGUAACAAUUUAAAAGAUAAUAUUAUUUAUAUAUUUAUUAUUUAUUGGGCUUGAUACCAUUAAACAUAAUUUAAAAGUA